AAAUAAUAGAUUGUUUUGUUCGCUCAUCGUGCUCCUCAUCUCCACAACGAACGUGACCAGCAAGAUGACGGAGGAGACUAGGGUUUCUUCCGAUGAGUCCAUUAUCAAUGAUGCAUCAUCUUCAGCCUCAGCGGCGUCAAAGCAAAGGAAAAAGAGAAAAUGGGAUCAGCCUGCUGAGUCAUUGGUUUCAGCUGGAGUGGCUGCACCAGGGAUCCUCCCGUUGGGCAAUGUGGGGUCAUUUGUUGGUGUUACACUUCCAGGUGUGGCCCCGGUUCCUGCUGCUGUUUUGAUGAAUCCACUUGCAUCUAGCAGUGCACCUGUACCCCAGGCGUUCCAAGCUCCUUCAAUUCAGCAACAUUCAGCUGCUGCAAUCCAAAAAUUAAAUCAACCCAAGAUCCAAGAUGAAUUAAUAGCACGAGAAAUUGUCAUAAAUGAUGCAGAGUCUUCUGUUCGGUACAAGCUCACAAAACGGCAGACACAAGAAGAGAUUCAAAAGUGCACUGGCGCUGUGGUGAUAACUAGGGGCAAGUAUCGACCUCCAAAUGUGCCGCCAGAUGGCGAGAAACCAUUGUAUCUUCACAUUUCUGCUGGGGCUAAUUUAAAAGAGACUGCAGAACGGAUUAGGGCAGUAGAUCGUGCAGCAGCCAUGGUUGAAGAGAUUCUAAAACAGGGUCAGAACUCUCUGCCAGUUCCAUCAACUUUUCAGUCAACGUUGAACAACGGAGUAAAGGUUCCUCAGGCACUGAGCACUUGUGUAUUUUUGGGCUUUGACACAGACCCAUCAUUGAAUAUUGUUGCUCGUAUUCGUGGACCAAAUGACCAAUAUAUAAAUCACAUUAUGAAUGAAACAGGAGCAACUGUCUUAUUGAGAGGACGAGGUUCAGGAAAUCCUGAGUGCUUGUAUAGUGAUGAGGGACAACAACCACUGCAUUUAUUCUUGUCAAGUAAUAAUCCUAGAAGUCUUGAAAAUGCGAAGCUGUUGGCCGAGAAUCUUUUGGAUACAAUCAGUGCAGAGUGUGAUGCUUCCAGAGUCUCAUCAUUGAAGGUUUAUAAUGCUGUUCCGCCCCCACAGCAGUUGUUGGCCGGAGUUCAGAAUUUAGCUACUGAGCUUAAAGGAAAUGAAAACUCAGAUGCUGGUUUGACGUCAUCAAAUGUGGGCUCUGUGCCUGCUGCACCUUCAGUUCCCUUAGUUACAGCUACUGCAGUCAAUUGUGUCCUUUCUCAAGGGUUGAUAUCGCAGUCCAGAGGACUGGUUAACUGCAGCCAGUCUCAACCAAAUAUUGUUUCCCAUCCACUGCCGUCAUUAACCAGUGGAACAAGCUAUAGUGGAUAUGGUGGGAUAUAUCCUCAAGCAACACCUUUACAGCAGGUUGCCCUGGCACUUAGGCAGUCAAAUUCCCCUGUUGCUUUUGCGACUGCUACAAUAACAUCUGCAGCAAAUACAAUGCCAAAAUCAAGUGUCAACUCCUCUCCUGAAAAGGAGAAACAACCUCCACAGAGGCGGAAGUUUCAGGAAUUACCCGUCGCUUCAAAGGGCCCUGCAAAAUCUCACCAGGGAUUAGAAAUUUUGAAGCCAAGUGAUCUUACAGCGGAUUUGGCAGUUAGAAACAUUUCAACCAUGCCAGCUCCAAAGAAGUUGGUCCAGCCGUCAUCCAAUGGAAUGCCCCAUCCCCCACCGAAGACCAUGCCCCCACCCCCACUGAAGAUCAUGCCUCCACCUCCAGCACCACCAAAAUUCGUUUCUCCACCCCUAGUGAAGACCAUGCCUCCACCUCCAGCAGCCCCAAAAUUCAUUUCAUCAACGCCAGUUUUGAAAGCACAGGCGAACAACAAUGUGAUGAAUAAGUCAGAAUCUGAUGCUGUUCCAGAUACUUUGAUUAAGCUAGUGGAAUAUGGGGAGGAAGAUGAAGAGCCUGAGGAAUCUGCAGAAUUGUCAUUGCAAAUGAACUCCAAUGCAGUGGUGACCCCAAAGCCAUUCUGGGCAUUAUGAACUUGGAUUGAUUUGACGCAGUACUUGGGAUUUUUUGAGGCAUGUAAAGGUUCUUAUGUUGUAGUCUGUCUACACCAGAUAGAAAAAAAUUUAGUCGUGAGAUAUAUAUAUAUAUAUUUUGCGCGUCAAAUUUUGAUCUUGGCUCCGUGGUGCUGUGAAGAGGAUUGAAGGGGAUACCUUUGUUGUGCUUGCGUCCUUUCUUGUUAGUAUGGUUGUACAUUGGCGGUUUUUCCUUUUCUGUGGGUAACCACAACAAUUUGUAAUUUCAUUUUCUGAAGACGAGUCAAAAAAAUCUUGGGUAAGCAGGAUAUGCCAUUGUUGGAGCUUUAUUCUUAGUGUUGGCUUAGCUAUUAACUGGGUGUUUAGGAGUUUUAGGUUACAAAAAAAUCUUGGGUAAGCAGCAUAUUCCCUCAGUUGUGCGAGUUUGGAUUUCAAACUAUUGAAUUUGAAUGUGGAUAAAUUUGGAUGGAA